GGAUUAGUGAAAUACAAUAAUUUAAAAACAUAAUGUUGGAAAAAGAAAAGGAAGUAUGGACCGAUAUCAUCGACACAUUUCGAGAUAUGCCUUUUUUAUGGGACAAAACAAACAGUAACUACCUGAAUCGCGAUAUGAGACAGGAAGGCUUCAAUAUUUUGCUAGAUAAAUAUAAAGUGUUCGACAAAUCAGCAACUUUAGAUGUAUUCAAGAAGAAAUUAGAAAAUAUGCGGACAACGUAUAACAGGGAACUAAAAAAAAUAAAAAAUUCGAAAAUAACUGGGUCAGGAUUAGAUGAUAUUUAUAUACCAUCAUUGUGGUAUUUCGACCUGAUGGGAUUCUUAACAGAAAAUACCCAACCAAGCCGUGACGGAAAAGAUACUUUGGAAAACUCUACUCAGGAAACACCUCAGGUGCCUGUUGAGUUAUCUAAUGAAAAUGCACUCGACCAAGAAGCUUCAGGAACUAAUGCAGCCACUCAGGAGGAAAUACCAUCAACAUCAAAAAUGACAAAUACUAAAAGGCAAAGAAAAAGCUUAGACAAGGCUAAAGAAGAAGUACUGAAAAAGGCAAAUAAAUUACUAGAUGAUACGGAACAAGAGUGGGAAAUAAUCGGAAAAUCCUUAGGACUCCAGUUAAGUACAGUGGAUCCACAGCAAUCAGCUAUUGCUAACAAAUUAAUUUCUGAUGUUAUUUUUUACGCCAAAUUGGGGAAAUUAACUGAAAAUGCAUCAAUUAUAUUGAAUCCCGCAGUCCAGACACCGUACCAUUACCAAUAUUCUUCGUCAUCGCCGUCGUCCCGCCAUUCAGUAGCAUCUGUAUCUACUCCAAGAGUGUCUCAGUAUUCAGCCUCAUAUUCAGCACCUCCCAGUAUUUCGAUGGGACCAAUAUCCCCUCAAUACUUGGCUUCAGGUUCGACACCAACAACAAAUCAAACAGCAAGUUUUUACCCUGUCGACCGAACACCUACUGUCGUCCAUCCAACAACUUUCGAUCAACCACCUCCUGAAGAUACCGACAUAAUAUCUCAGUAUCUUGUGUUUAAAUGAUUUCAAUAAAAAUUUAAUUAUCAAAAGUGUAUAUAUUUUUUUAACUUACCUUUA